AUGAAUUUGAGUUCUUGUACUAGUUCUUGGGGGGCAGUCCAAAUGAAUGAAAGUGAAUAUAUGAUGAACAAUGAAGAUGAAUGGAGUCAUUAUGAAAAUAAGUUGUUUGAAACGGCUUUAGCUGAUUUAGAUCUAAGUUCACCAAAUUUAUAUGAACAAAUCAUGGGUGUUAUGCCAUGGAAAAGUGUUAAGCAGAUUAGGAGUCAUUAUGAAAAGCUGAUUGAAGAUGUUGCCAUGAUUGAGAAGGGUGGAGUUUAUAGCCCUAAUAAUAACUAUGUUGGUGGGGGAAGUAGUGUUGGGGUUGAUUUUGGUGCUGUUGAUCAAAACAAACGUAAGGGUGCACCAUGGACUGAAGAAGAGCAUAGGUUUGGGAAAGGAGAAUGGAGGAACAUCUCAAGAUACUAUGUCCAAACAAAGACACCAUCCCAAGUAGCUAGCCAUGGCCAAAAAUACUUCAGGCGACUCAAAUGUUGUACUCCUCUUGAAAAACGUCGUUACAGCAUCCAUGACAUUCGAAUUCUCAACUCCACCAUUGUUGAAACCUCUGCAAGGCAUCCAAAUCGUCAUUCAUUCAUAACUCAUAUUCCUAAAAAUGAUCCUCCAAUUCUAGCUAAUAUAAACUACCAUGCUACUAAUUAUAGUAAGCAACUAGAAAAUAAUAAUGGUUGCCAGCAUAUUUAUAAUGAUCCUUCUACAUGCAAUUCUGAACCAAAUAUUAUUGAUAGUACACCAAUCAAUAAUAAUGCUGAUAUGAUAGUUGGAUCAACAAGUUUCAGCACUAGUAGUAGCUCAGAUAUGAUGCUAGGGAAUGAUUAUGAUGUGGGUGGUUUCGAAAAAUUUGAUAGCUUUGAUGACUUCUUUUCUUCUCCUUAUUGGGUUCCAAAUGCUACUCAUGAAAUGCCCUUUAUUUAA